GCCGUUUGAUCGCGGGCUGAAUGACGGAACGCGAAUCCUCCUCGGAGAGAGUCUCAGCGGAUUUCUGAACGAAGUGCGUCCCUCUUCCCGUGCGCACCAGCCGGACCGGACUGCGGGAGAUGACAUUUGUUGCGACUAAAAGGAUGGAGUGGCUGCUCCGACGCGUUAAAGAGGCUGUCUUCCUCUCUGCGUUUCGAUCGGUGCUGCUCAUGUCAUGCUUGCUCUUGGUCCUGUCCGUGUCCAUGUAUCCUGGGCUGUGGUCCAUUGGGGUCCAGCUUCAUUCAGCCCUCACAGGGAGCUAUGUGCCAGGCCACCACUCUGUUCUUCUCAUCAACAGUCCCACCGAACAGGCAGCCAAGGACAUCGGCAGGGCGAUCAUGGAGAGGCGGCUGGCAGCCAGCAUUAACAUUCUCUCCAGGACCUCCACAAUGUACUAUUGGAAAGGAGAAAUCCAGGAUGCCAGUGAAGUUCUGAUGCUGGUGAAAACAAAGACCUCCAGGAUUCAGCAAGUCAUAGAUUUUGUGAGGUCUGUCCACCCCUAUGCAAACCCAGAGGUCCUCAGCUUCCCGGUGGAGGACGGCAGUCUGGCGUACAUGAAGUGGAUGGAUGAAGCCAUUCCGGACGACUGAUACACCGUUGAAGUCGAAGCCAAUCUCUGCAUGGACUGCAGCCGAACAAGGACACUGAGCCACGCGCACAGUCUGUUGUUUGACGGCUUUGGAUGGAAGGAUUCGGAAAGCAUACAUUAAUGCUAUUUUGUUAUUUUGACCUUUUCAUUGUUAAUUCCCCUUCGUACUGUGGAGAUUUGAUUUCAGUCCUUUAAAGAGCUUUGUACCACAGUCAUAGACAAUACUUGCUUCUGAUUGACUGGCAGGUGUCAGCUAGCAUUUUAUAACAGGGUGCUUCAAGCUUCCCUUUUCGACCGGUCAGUUUUAAGGCAAAGUAUAUUUUUCCGUCGGUAAACUCCAUAAUACUACUUCUGCUUUGUGCCGGGGUGGUCACAGUAAACUCUCACUGGUUAAACGGACACAUAGAAGCUUUUUUAAAUAGAAAUCUGCAUUUACAUUGCUGCCCCUCUUAUACAGAUAACACUGUAAUAUCAGUCAUCUUUGCGUAUUUGCAUUUGAUAAAACAAGCCCUCUCGUUCUGCUUUUCAUUUAUGUAUUCAUGUAAGAUGGCAUCACUUAUGUAGGCAGGUUUAACAUUAUAAUAGUGUGUGCAUAUUGAUGGCGUGACUAAACAAUACUGAUAAAUAUUGUAAUAGAGUAAUUGGUAUAAUAGUCAUGUACCGCCUGGUAUUGAGCAUAACAUUGCCCGUACUAUAACAAUCCACCUACAGUUCUGUAGAUUAUUGAUCCAUCGGGCUGUGGAAGAGUUUCCUUUAUUGAAACACACAACUGUUGACCUUGUGUACUGUAUUUACAAGUAAAAAGGCAACACUGCUGAAUGUCAGCACCACUUUGCUCCAGGUUAGCUCAGUUUGAACAAAUAAAACCUCAAAUAAUGCCACACAGUACUACUGAGGAUAAAUGAACAAAUGGAUACCACUGACAGCACCAGGCGUGAUUGUACAUCUUGAACCCGUCUCUCACUUGCAUUUCUAAUGACCAAUUAUGAAGCUUCAUUGUUUGUUUUGCUUGCAUCUUGAAGAACUGAUGCUGAUCUGAUCAGGUCUCCCUUGAAUAACACAUCCUUGAUCUCCACAGGAACAGUCUUGCCUAAUGAAACUUAAAUUGAAUCACAAGAACAAACUAAUUUGUUACUCAGCCUUCGGCUACACGUGCACACCUUGAGAGCAUCACAGGUCUUGUUAUCUGGAUUCUUGCUUUGACAAAUAAUGAUUGGAAAUAGAGUACACGACCACGGAGGUUUAAUUCAUUACAUUUCAAAAAUAACUUAACAUUCUAAAUGAGAUCAGAUUCGCCACCAUGCCUUAUUUGUGCUUAUACAGGUCAGCCAUGCACGCUUACCGCACUAAACAAAAAUGCGCACUCGGUCUGCAGAAAGUGUUUCCGGCAUGAGGCCCCAACAAAAGAAAUGCCGACACCGUUCAGUCGGGAGUUGUGUCUGUGGAGCCAAAAUAAUCCUCCCCAUCAGGUCCGGAGAUCAGGCCAUUUGGUGGCAGUGUGUGUGUGUGAGUGAGUGUGUGUGGGGGGGGUUUGUUACUUCAAUACACGAUGUACCCAUUCACAGCAAUGUGCGUGUACAUGCCAUGUCUGAAUGUUCCAUACAUACUAACAGAUGCCUCCGUGAGUACUUAGGGCCGACUGUGUGAAUUAAAUAUUGCAAAAUAAAUGCUGCAAUUUGAUUAAAUGUUCACUAGAUGGUGGUGUUUCAAUACACAUGAAAACAUGCCACUGUUACCAGUCGUUCACAUGUGGUCCCCAUUGACAUAAUGCAGGCAGCUUUUUGUCAGAAACUAUUACAAAAACACAAUUCACUCAGUCGCCCAAUUUAAAUCGUCUACCUAGAGAGCAGUCUUUCUCUUUGACUUACUACUACAUGAGGUUCAACCUUAUGAAGUGGGCUUAUGAAGAUGAAUACCACUUCGUAUAUGAGGUUUCUUUUCCACAUAUUGGUAUCAUUAUUAAUGGCAAUUUCCAACGAGCACAGAGCACUGGUUGCUGUGCUCCAACAGUUCGUCUGAACCUCUCUGUACUCCUGUUGAGAUCUUUUAUACAGUACAUUCAGUCCAAGCUUAAUUGGUUAAAACAGCUAAAGAAAUAUCAUCGCUAUAUGAAUAUCAUGUAACUUGUGUAAACACAGAGACAUAUGCUUAGAGACGCUGGCUCUUUUUUUUCCUCCCUGUGUGUCAUCAAAUUCUCCACGGGAUGCAGGAUAAUUAAGAAUAAGCUGUAAGAAACAGACGCUGAUAGCAUGCUCCCACUGAGAGAUUCAAUAAACGGAGGAUGACACUCAUGCAGCUAUCUGUUCUAGCAAGGCAAGGUGGUGAUGGUGCUUUUUCAUCAACUUGCAUAAAUUGCAGUCACUGCAGUUUGACAGUAAUACUAAUCAAGAAAAGUAGCUUAUAUGAAUCUAUUCAUCACAGCAUGCCUGGCUUUUUCUUCAGUUUACUUUGUGUUGCAUUCAUAGACGUUGUCCUGUAGUGUUGUCCAACAGUGCUUGUUUUAUGGUCUUCACAUUGCAGUGCUGACAUAGGUGAACAGCAACUGUGAGUAACAACUCAGAGACUAUGCUUUUAUCAUUCUGCUCGUUUCACAGUAACAAUCAUCUCGAUAUUUACUUCCCUUUCUGUAAGUGAUCCCACUGUCCCUUUUUUCUCUUGCCGCCAUUAAAUGAUCCAGAACCUUGUGAACAAGUACAAUACAACACGGUGUGCAAGAAGGAGCUGAUCAGGGUGAAAACAUUGAAGCUCGGGGAAAUAUUUUAGCGGCAGGCAGUUAACUAAUGGGCUGGGAGGAGCAACUCCAGGCAGAAAACUGCUCUUUCCCCGGGAGGUACGACUUGAUUAUACAGCAUCCCAGAUCCACUUCCAAGGGCAAAUGGGCUACUUUUUUUAAUCUGAAUGCAUAUUUUAGAAUCAAAUUAUAUCUUUUCUGCAUUCUUAAGAGUUUUGUUAUAUGAAAAAUGAAAUGAAUAUUGAAUAAUAUGCCGUCACAGUAGCCCAAGAUGAGACUGAGAGUGCGCUUUUAUAUUUAACGUAGCGUGGCUCCACUGGCCACAAGGCAGCCAAAGCUCUGAAAAUGGACAUGGGGCAUUGAAGUGAUGCCAAGGGGGAUAACUGACCAGAUUAAUCUCUUCCUUAAGUCUCAAUUAUUGAGUCCAAAACGUCUCACAUUAGUUGUUUGUGAGGGUGAAUAGGGACCGUCUGUGAAGUCCAUGGAUAAAGUUAUUGCUCCUUGCAUGCAUACUGACAGAUGUGUAAGGAUGCAUAAUUACACUGUUUUGGAAAAAAAGAUAAUAGUGCAAACCAGACCUGGUAUCAUCCAGGCGGCAACCUCCCGUUCUCAAACAAUAAGCCGUUGCAGAAAUACCUUAAACUUGCAUUCAUUCUAACGGCCAUCAGGGGGUGACGCGUCUGGUUGCAAAAAGAAGUCUAAUUGUAUAGAAGUCUAUGGGAAAAUGGCCCUACUCCUCACUUGA